GUUAUAAUGUGCGGUGGCGUUUAAUGCAUAUUUAUCACCAAGAGACAGUCCUAUUAGCGCUCAGCCACUAGAUACUAUGGCAUUUUACCCAGUCAGUUCACUGCAAUGCCAGGCACAACCAGAAGAUUCCUGAUCUUUGGGGAAUGACAAGAAGAAGAAGAUAAAGAUGUGUGAGGAGCAGACCGUGUCUCUGGUGGAUGUUCUGGAAGAGGAUGAGGAGUUAGAGGAAGAAGCAUCAGCUGUGUUGGCAGGAAGUGAUUCUGAUCACUGCUCGUAUCCUCAGGGCUAUGUGAAGCGGCAGGCGCUGUACGCCUGUAACACAUGCACACCGCAGGGAAGCGAGGCUGCAGGCGUCUGUCUGGCCUGUUCCUACACAUGUCACGAAGGUCACGACCUCUUUGAACUCUACACCAAGAGAAACUUCCGCUGUGACUGUGGAAACGGGAAGUUCUCCGGGCUGCAGUGUAAACUACAUCCUGAGAAGGACGACGUCAACAGUCUGAAUAAAUACAGCCAUAACUUCUUUGGAGAUUAUUGCACGUGCCGGCGGCCGUAUCCAGACCCUGACGACCAGGUGGAGGACGAGAUGAUCCAGUGUGUGGUGUGUGAAGACUGGUUGCAUGGCAGGCACCUGGGUUGUGUAGUUCCAGACUGUGUGGAGAUGCAGGAGAUGAUCUGUGAGUCCUGCAUGAACAAACAUCUGUUUCUCUGGACCUAUGCAGCUCACCUGGGAGUGCAGAGUCCAGCAGUACAGAAAAAGGAGGAAAAAGGAGAACAGUCAGAACACAGCAUCCCUGAAUCAGAAGAAAAGAGUGACAACAUCGAUGAGCCCAGCUGUAAACGCAGCCGUGAGGAGGCGGAGCCAAGCUGCAGACUGAAGGAGCUACAGGAGGCGGGUCAGAAGAGAGACCAGUCAGGAGCCGUGUUCUGGCCUCCUGCGUGGCGCUCCAAGCUCUGCUCCUGCAGCUCCUGCCAGGUACGGCUGUCUGAUGCCGGACUGUCCUUCCUGUUGGACGAAUCAGACACCGUCCUAGCCUAUGAGAACAAAGGAAAGAACAAUGAACAAAGACAGCAGGGACACGACCCUCUGAUGUCAGCGCUGGACAACCUGAACAGAGUUCAGCAGCUCGAGAUCAUCCAUGGCUAUAAUGACAUGAAAACUGAACUGAAGGACUUCCUGCAGACUUUUGCAUCUGAAGGAAAGGUCGUGACCCCUGAUGACAUCCGUCAGUUCUUUGAGCAACAUAGUCGUAAAAGACGUCGAGCAGACUCCGGACCUUUCUUCUGCUCCUGAUCGGUCCUCCUCAGUUUUCAUUCUGUGAAGAACUCUUCUUCUUCAAUUUUAAACUUUCUGAAAUUCUACUUUGAGACAUUUUCAUGUCAAAUUUCUCUUAGUUUCAUCUUUGUGUUUCUGUUUGUAAUGAAUAAAAGUUACCCUGAGCAAUAA